GGAUCGCGACUGGUUGCGGCCGGGACUGCGUCCAAUCAGCGGAGAGCGACGCUGCUCCUUGAGGAAGUGACGCGCUCGGAACCCGGCGGGGGCGGUGGGAGCUAUGCGGACGCUGAGACGGUGGUAGUGGUGUCCGUGAAGAUGGAGUUUCCCGGAGGAAAUGACAAUUACCUGACGAUCACUGGGCCCUCGCACCCCUUCCUGUCAGGGGCCGAGACUUUCCAUACGCCAAGCUUGGGCGAUGAGGAGUUUGAAAUCCCACCUAUCUCCUUGGACUCUGACCCCUCACUGGCUGUCUCAGAUGUGGUUGGCCACUUUGAUGACCUGGCAGACCCCUCCUCUUCGCAGGAUGGCAGCUUUUCAGCUCAGUAUGGGGUCCAGACAUUGGACAUGCCUGUGGGCAUGACCCAUGGCUUGAUGGAGCAAGGCGGGGGGCUCCUGAGUGGGGGCCUGACUAUGGACCUGGACCAUUCUAUAGGAACUCAGUAUAGUGCCAACCCACCUGUUACAAUUGAUGUACCAAUGACAGACAUGACGUCUGGCUUAAUGGGACACAGCCAGUUGACCACAAUUGAUCAGUCAGAACUGAGUUCUCAACUUGGUUUGAGUUUAGGAGGUGGCACCAUCUUGCCACCUGCCCAGUCUCCUGAGGAUCGUCUUUCAACUACUCCUUCACCUACAAAUUCACUUCAUGAAGAUGGUGUUGAUGAUUUCCGGAGGCAACUUCCCAGCCAGAAGGCAGUGGUAGUGGAGACAGGGAAAAAGCCAAAGGCUCCCAAGAAGAGGAAGAAGAAAGACCCUAAUGAACCUCAGAAGCCAGUCUCCGCAUACGCAUUAUUCUUCCGUGACACUCAGGCUGCCAUCAAGGGACAGAACCCCAAUGCCACCUUUGGUGAGGUUUCGAAGAUUGUGGCCUCCAUGUGGGACAGUCUUGGAGAGGAGCAAAAACAGGUAUACAAGCGGAAAACUGAAGCUGCCAAGAAAGAGUAUCUCAAGGCGCUUGCUGCUUAUAAAGACAACCAGGAGUGUCAGGCUACUGUGGAAACAGUGGAAUUAGAUCCCAUGCCACAGGCACAGACUCCUUCACCACCUCCUGUGACGACUGCAGACCCAGCAUCUCCAGCACCAGCCUCCACAGAGUCUCCUGCUCUGUCCCCUUGCAUUGUGGUUAACUCCACGCUUUCGUCUUACGUGGCAAACCAGGCGUCCUCUGGGGCUGGAGGUCAGCCCAAUAUUACCAAAUUGAUUAUUACCAAACAGAUGUUGCCCUCAUCUAUUACCAUGUCUCAAGGAGGAAUGGUUACUGUUAUCCCAGCCACAGUGGUCACGUCCCGUGGGCUGCAACUAGGCCAAACAAGUACAGCUACUAUCCAGCCCAGCCAGCAGGCUCAGAUUGUCACCCGGUCAGUGCUGCAGGCAGCGGCGGCAGCUGCCGCUUCUAUGCAACUGCCUCCGCCCCGACUACAGCCUCCUCCAUUGCAGCAGAUGCCUCAGCCCCCAACUCAACAGCAAGUCACCAUUCUGCAGCAGCCGCCGCCUCUUCAGGCCAUGCAGCAGCCGCCACCUCAGAAAGUUAGGGUCAACUUACAACAGCAGCCACCGCCUCUGCAGAGCAAGGUUGUGCCUCCACCCACCCUAAAAAUGCAGACGGCCCUGCUCCCUCCAACCGUAGAGAGCAGUCCUGAGCAGCCUAGCAGCAGCAGCCCUGAAGUCCACACAGUAGAGGCGACCUCUCCUGAGACAAUCUGUGAAAUGAUCACAGAUGUAGUUCCUGAUGUCGCAUCUCCUUCUCAGAUGGAUGUUGAGUUGGUGAGCGGAUCCCCUGGGACCCUGUCACCGCAGCCUCGGUGUGUGAGGUCUGGCUGUGAGAACCCUCCUGUUGCCAGUAAGGACUGGGACAAUGAGUACUGCAGCAGCGAGUGUGUGGUGAGGCACUGCAGGGAUGUAUUCUUGGCCUGGGUGGCCUCUAGAAAUCCAAACUCCGUGGUGUUUGUGAAGUAGCCUUCCUCUUCUCCACACCUUGAAGAUGGAUCUGCUGCAUAUGAGUCCAAGAGCCUGUUUUUGAAACACAAGCUGGGUUUCUGGUAGUGCCUGACCUUUACCCGUGCUCCCACCUCCCUUUUCUUCCUUGAGCAGAGCAAAUUUACUGUAAUUUAGAUUGCUUUUUACUCUCAACUGCAAGCAGAAUUACCAGAUUAAUAGCACAGGGAAGGGUGUUGGGAAUAUGGAAACAAAUCA